GCUCAAUAUUCAUCCCUCGACAGGCAGCAGCAGCGGCGCUGGAGAACCCGACGGCGACGACGCAGCAGCAGCAGCAGUGAGGAGGAAGCGAGGCACAGCACAGUAGUAGCACAGGCCAGUGUGUGGUGAGAAAAAGGCACGCGCGCUUGCAAGAGAGAGAGAGAGAAAGAGUGUGAGAGAGAAAAGAGAAGAGAGAAAGAAGAAGAAGAAGUGAGAUAAGAGAGAAAUAGUUUUGCAUAGAGAUUCUCUCUCGACGCCAAGAGCCGUCGUUGAAUUAUAAAUAAUACAACAACAAAAAUUUAAUGUAAAACAGAGUUGUUGGUUUCGUUUUUGGAGUUUGUUAAUAAAUUGAGUGUGCAUUAGGUAUUAUUAUCACGAGUGCGCGCGCGUUGUGGACCCAAGUGUCGUCGAGAGUACCCGAAAGUCGAGCUUUCGGAGUUAUAAUUUCCUUCGCGUAAAGUAAAGGCAAACAAAAAAGGCAGAAAAGAUGGCCGAGAAAAAGGGACAAGUGACCGAACAGUACUACAUGCCGCCGCCCGAUCUCGACAAAUGGGAGAGCAUGAGGAUCUUCUUCUACAACUCCGAGACCGGACAGGUCAUGGGUCGUACCGGCUCGAGCUGGGCCAAGAUCCUGCUGUUCUACGUGAUCUUCUACGCCGUGCUGUCGGCCUUCUUCGGCGGCAUGCUCGCCGUGUUCUAUCAGACCCUGGACGCCAAUCAGCCCAAGUGGCAGCUGGAGCGCUCGCUCAUAGGCAGCAAUCCCGGCCUCGGCUUCCGUCCGAUGCCGCCGGAGAGCAACGUCGAGUCCACCCUGAUCUGGUACAAGGCCAGCGACGAGGGCAACUAUCGUCACUGGUCCCGGGCCUUGGACAAGUUCCUGCAGGUCUACAACAAGACGGGCAUCGGCGCCGUCAAUCAGGACAAUCGCAUUCUGUGCGACUACGGCAAGCCCGUGCCCCAGGGCAAGGUGUGCGACGUGCUCAUACACGACUGGCACCCGUGCACCAAGGCCAACUUUUACAAUUAUCAGAAGUCGGCGCCGUGCAUCUUUCUCAAAUUGAACAAGAUAUUCGGCUGGCUGCCCGCCUACUACAACGACACGGCCAAUCUACCGGUGAACAUGCCCAACGACCUCAAAAACCACAUCGCCAAUCAGAAGGUCCAUCAACGCGACACCGUGUGGGUGUCGUGCGAGGGCGAGAAUCCCGCCGACGUCGAGAACAUCGGCCCGAUCCAGUACAUACCUCGUCGCGGCUUUCCCGGAUUCUACUUCCCGUUCACAAACUCGCCCGGCUACCUCAGCCCGCUGGUGGCCGUCUUCUUCGAGAAGCCCAAAUACGGCGUACUGAUCAACAUCGAGUGCAAAGCCUGGGCGCACAACAUCAUACACGAUCGAGUGGAGAGGCGCGGAUCGGUGCACUUCGAGCUGAUGGUCGACUAAGCUGCUCAAGCCGGCUGGCUCCUCCUCCUCCUCGAAGCUCGACGGGACGAUAUUAAAAAAAA